CUUGAACGAUCCUCACGCGACAAGGGCGGUCAUUUGGCCAACGUUUCGUGGAAACUUCGCAAUGGAAGCGUAACGAGAACGUUUUUUUUAAAAGAAUAUUUCCACUAUUUACGAAAAUGGUGGUGAUUGACAAACGGAGAUCGUUGAUAGUGUCCACUGCAGGCCACUUUUUCGGCGUCCCUUUAAAAGACAAUGAUACAAUUAGGGACGAGGAGACGGUGCUGGACAAUUUUUUGGACAGAGCCGCGUGCAGAAUUCUGUGUGCACAACCAGAAAUUGAUGAGGAGGAUGAGAAAAUGGAAUUGAAGUUGAGCAAUGAAUUGCCUAUUGGCAAGAACACAUUGGUUUUCUUCAAGUUAACAGAGGCGUCAGUGACGGAAAAGAAUUUCCACGAUCUCGUACACGUGACGACUACCGGCGGUGGAAAAGGAUCGACGCUGAUCGAGGCCCUCCGUCAAGUAUGGGCGCCAACGCUUCGAUCCUCCGGCCUGGAUUCGUCCUACUUGAAGAAACUGGAGGAGAAUCUUCUUCUCGGCUCGUCGUCGGCCACGGGCUCCGUGCACGAGGAGGAGAAUUAUUGGAGGAAGAUAUGGGAGAGCGCGAAACGAUCGCACGACAAAAUGAUCUAUGGAGAGGGUGUGAAGAUCUUGAGGAGCAUCAGAGCCGAGUUGGAGCGCGCUGCCGUUGCGAGCGAUGGAUUGAUCAGCGUGGACGACGCUGUUGAAGUUGUGUCCGGCUACGUCGACGAUUUGUGGAAGUUGGGGGAUCUGGUGUACACCGAGCAACGUAUGAAAUCUUUUCUGGAUGUUAUCGGAGACGAGGUGGUGUCUCUUGUGAAAAAUUCAAUCGAGGAGAUUCGAACUAGCGACGAUCGAGUGAAAAUCGAGGCAAUAUCGAGUGGUGCCGCGAUAUGCGAGAAAUGGAUAGACAUGGUGGGAAAGUUCACUACGCUGUUUUGGCCUCAUCAUUCGCUUCAUUCGUGGAAGGGCACCAAUCAUAUCCCUGAAAGAUGUUCAAGAAUUGGCAAACGGUUAAGGCAAAUUGGCGAGUUACGUGCUCAAUAUAGACAAUUAACCAGAUUGCUAACAUCGAAUGAGAGAUCUGGACUUGGCACGGAUAACUUGAUGCAAUGCCUCGACGACAUCAGAGUGGUCUUUGACGACGAUGACAAGGGCAUCGAGUGGAAUCGACUGAAGAGAAAGGUUGAAGAGGGUUUGGCACCCGCCGAGGAACGAGUCGCGCUAAAAUUGAAGUCACAAAUUGCCGAUGCCACCACUCCAAAUUUUUUGCUCGCUGAGUUUCGGCGCUACUUCGAGCUGCUGAAAAGAGACGGUUUAAAAAGGGUGUUGCGUGGAGAACGGGAGACUUUGCUUUCGGCUUACGGAGAUCUUAUAGAAAAUUGCUUGGUUGGACCGGACACGAAUGACUUGUUAGACAACCCAAGAAUACUUCAAGAGGUUCAAGCUGCUAGAUCGGCGGAAUUAAGACUAGAAAGUUUAAAUAAAUUAGGAAAGGAAUUGCUAGCGGAUCUUCCUGGAUACGAAGAAAUUUCAGAGAGAUUAACAACAGCUUUGAAAGAUGUUGAAAGGAAAAGACAAAGUUUCGUCGACACUUGGGUAUGAAGAACGAAAGACGCUGUAACCAGGAAGGAAUUGACGUUAGGCACCGAUUCUGCGGUGGUGGAAUUAACCGGUACCAGUAUGAUGAGGGUCACGUACGAUCCAAGAUUGAUGACACUGAUCAGAGAGGCGAGGGCACUUUCGAGUCAAGGGGUCGAACUUCCACGAGAAGUGAGGGAUCUGAUCGAAAGAGCUGGAACGCUGGCUGGACGCGCUAGAGCUCUUCAACAGGUCGCCACGUUUCACAACACGAUCGGCGAUCGUAUGGUGCCGUCUCAAAGACCAUUAAUGCUCACGACCGCGCUUGAACUGGCUCGAGCUGUCCAAGAACAAUCUGGCGUUGCUUGGUCCGAUCCUCAGGCUGUGGACGCUUAUACGGCCAGAUUGAAAGAAUUGGUAAGGAAAUUCGCACAACAGAAUUCAGAAUUAGCUGCAAAGCACAGUUCAUUAAGGGAUUUGGUGUCUAGUUUAUUGAAAGGGGAGACUGUAAAUAUGAUUGGGAAUCAGAAUGCUUGGAAAGAUGCAUUGAUGAACAUGAGAACGAUCGUCGAUACUGUCGAAGUUGAAUAUGGAAAUACGAAAGCUUGGAAAUUACAUUGGGACAGACAAUUGCUUAAAGCAUUGGGCGUGGCUUACAGAGGAGCGUUGCCAUCGCUGCUGAAGAAAUUGCCGGAAGUCAAAGUGGAGCUGACGUUUCGGGACGGCUCGUUGCAAUGGCGGCCGUCCCUCGAGGAGAUUCGCGCCAAGUUGUACUCGUCGAUUCGUCGAUCCCUCUCGAUCCCCAUGAAUUUCAGGGGCGUCGGUGACGCGGCCGAGGCCCAUUUCGGUGGGCUGAUCCAAAGGAGCUGCUAUUUGUUCGGCAGUGUCUACAAGCAGGCCGAAAUCGCGCUUUCCGCUCUGGAAACACUUCGAACGAAAUGGUUGUACUUGGCUGCUCCUGCCAAAUUCGACGCCGCUGAACGAUUGAAAGGAAAAUCGCCGCAAGAAUGGACAAGGGCGUUCAAAGAUGCGAAACAAUGGGCCCAAGAGGUUGGAAGAUUACGUGGCAGCGAGGUGAAAAUCUGGUGCAUCAACGUGGACACAUCGACAACCAGAAACGACUUGGAAUCCGCUUCCCGUCGUUACUGGGAACGUUUGUGCUCCGACUUAAGGGUGGAAGCUUCUUCGAGAUUAGUUUCCAUCGUGGAGUUCCUCUCGUCUUCCUCCAAGGAACUCGAACGUAGACCACGAAACGUGGAGGAAGUUGGCUUGGCCUACGAGGCUCACGCGAGAAUCGAGGGGCAAUCUUCCGGUAUGGCCGAGGAGAUGGAGGCCGUCGCGGGCUUUUCCAAAGUGUUGGCUGCAUGGACUAGCGAAAAACUUGAAGGUAUCAGCGCAGCGUAUACAGCUUGGCAGGACCUGGCCGGCCGCUUGGAGCGUUACAAAUCCGUGAUAGAUCGGGAGCUGGAGGACGCGAAGGUGAACCUUCGUCACAGGGCAAUAGCCCUUCGAGACGAGAUCGAAAGGUGGCAAGCGAAAUGGUCGUCGAAACCGGACAUCCUCACCCUGGAUUGGAUCAUUUCGAUGAAAGAGAGAUGGUCGUAUUUGAAGGAACAAUUGGACGUUCUGAGGAACGAUUGUCGAAAGAUCGAGUUGAAGAUAGACGAUGUUUUGGAGAGCAACGAGGAUAAUGCGAAGAGGUUGGAGGUGCAGCUCGAGAUAGAGGAGUCGAAUUGCCGUUUCCAAGCUGAGUUUAUGGAAGAAUUGAAGAAUCAGGAGGACGAGGAGUGGACAGUGGCUAGAAGAAGAUUACCCAGACUCCACGAUUGGCUCGACUCCUGGGAAAAUAGAAUACGUGUCCAACUGAGGGAUCAAUUGAAGGAACAAUUGAUGGAUGAGAAGGAUAGUUUCGAGGUGGACACGUUCGUUGGUAAGAAGGUGAGCGAGGUGAGGGGGACCAUCGAAUGGCUGCAGCUUCUUCGGGGCGACGAGAUUGCGGAGGAGCAUUGGGGGGAACUGAUGCCACUUUUGGGUCUGAGGGAUGUCAGGAACGUGAGAGACAUUACGUUGGGCCAUUUGCUUCGUUCGGCGAAGAAGAUCGAAGAGAAUGUCGAUAAAAUAAAGGAAAUAACGAAAAAAGCAGCGGCAGAAAGCGGCAUUCGACAAGGAUUAAUGGAACUGGAAUCUUGGGAAGCGUCGGCUCAUCUUCAACUACAACAAUCGAAGGACAGUAAAAAUACCGGUAUUCUUCUCGUUGAGGAGUAUGGCAGUUUGUUAGCAAGAGCAGGUGAAUUAAGACUCUUAUUGGAGGGUGCGAAAGGGGCGACAGGAUACGAAAGAUUUGCAGCCAAAGUUGCACGAUGCGAAGCUGGACUGUCCGAAGUGGAAGAACGAAUAAAGUUUUUGAGUACGAUACAGAGGAAGUGGGUCUAUUUGGAACCAGUUUACGAAGGUGGCGCUGCUCCCAAUGAUACUGGUCGAUGGUCACGUGCCAACAAAGAAUUUAGAUAUCUUAUGGGCGAAGUGUCUCGUGAUCCAAGAGUGUCGUCUUUGAGGAGACUUCCUCUCCCGUCUUUUACGAGUUUGAAAGAUUUGCUCGACAGAUGUCAAAAGAGCCUUGACGAAUAUUUGGAGGAAAAACGAUCGUCCUAUCCACGUCUGUAUUUCCUGAGCGACGAAGACCUUCUCGAAUUAGUGUCGGCGAGCGGACGAGGCCUGGAAGCUCAUUUAUCGAAAUUAUAUCAAGGCGUCGGCUCGAUAAUAAAAAACGAUAAUGGACUGACGGCCGUUGUAUCCCCAGAGGGCGAAGUAUUGCGAUUAUCCAACCCUGUCGAUCUUCGAGAUCCAUUACCCCAAUGGUUGAGCAACCUCGAGGAGGGAAUGAAAAAUUCUCUUCGACAAAGCUUGGAUAAAUGCCUGGUUGAUUCUACACCUGAUCCGUCAUCUUACCCAACUCAAAUUCUUCUGCUGUCGGAGAGGAUUCGGUUUACGGAGAGGUGUGAGGUAGCUUUGAAGGAAGGUGGUACGGCUUUAAAGAAGCUCGUCGAAUAUCUGGAAACACAAAGAGCUCGAUACAGGGGUUUAGAGGAUGCUGGUGAUAAAUUAACAGCAUUGAAGGCACGUGGCCUCCUGCUUGAUACCGUGCACCAUUUGGAGAUAGCUAGGAAUCUUUUAAGUGUUGUACAACGGGAAGAAAGCACUGUUUGGACUUGGCAGAGACAAUUAAGAAGUUACAGAACAAACAAAGAAACAGUGAUACGGUGCGCUGGCGCUGAAUUUCUAUACCGUUUCGAGUAUCAAGGAGCGGCGGUGGGAUUAGUUCAAACACCAUUAACCGAAAGGUGUUUCUUGGCUCUUACUCAGGCAAUGAAACUCGGUUUAGGCGGCAGCCCUACCGGGCCAGCUGGAACUGGAAAAACCGAGAGCGUGAAGGCACUUGGCGCUAUUCUUGGCAGGCUCGUUUUAGUUUUCAAUUGUGAUGAAGGAAUGGACGCCGGAAGUAUGCGACGCAUACUGGGCGGCCUUGCUCAGGCCGGUGCAUGGGGUUGCUUCGACGAGUUCAAUCGCCUCGAAGAGGAAACGCUUAGCGCGGUGGCGAUGUUGGUCAGGCCUCUGCAAGAAGCUGUUCGCGAUGGUUCAUCCCAGGUCCUGUUGGGCGAUCAAAAGGUGAACCUGGACCCACAUUGUUGCGUGUUCAUCACGAUGAACCCCGCUGGCUCCGAGUAUGGCGGCCGACGAAAGCUUCCGGACUCCUUGGCGCGAUUGUUCAGACCGAUCGGUAUGGCGCAUCCGGACAGAUCUGACAUCGUGAGAGCGUUGCUAGAGUGUGCUGGAUUCCUGGAUGCCUCGACGCUCGCCAAGCAACUCGUGGAGACGCUCGACAUCGCGGAGAUACUGCUUUCGAAUCAGCCGCACUACGACUGGGGCCUUAGGGCCCUUAGAUCCGUGCUCGACGCCAUUUCUACGAGGACCGACUUGGAUGAAACUAGCAGAUUAGUAGCUGCGAUUCGAUCCUCAACGUUGCCAAAAUUGACAGAAGAAGACACUCCUCGAUUCCUCUCACUUCUACAGGAUGUUUUCCCAACGGCGGAUCCAUCAUCCUCCACGUUCAUCGAGAGGAAAGAUUUGCAAAACGUUUUAUUCGAGCUUUGCGCUGAGCAAGAGUUAGGCAAGGAAAUGGCGAACAGAUGCAUUCAACUGAACGAUCAGUUGAAAAGUAGAACCGGCGUGGCGAUCGUUGGGCCGCCAGGAUGUGGUAAAACGACCAUCAGGAAAUUAUUGUUCGAAGCCCUGACGAAAAUCGGUGAAACGGUUGUUCAAUUUCACGUGUUUCCUGGCGCUAUGCCGAAAUCCAGACUUUUGGGCCGUGUCGACCCACAAACAAGAGAAUGGAAGGAAGGUUUGUUAUCGAACGCUGUUUCAACGGCCGGAGAUUCAACAACUUGGAUCAUUUUGAAUGGUGAUGUGGAACCAGAUUGGGCCGAAGCUCUCAACUCUGCUUUAGAUGACAAUCGAUUACUAACUUUGCCCAAUGGGGUGGGCGUGAAACUUGGAUGCGGGACAAAAUUCAUCUUCGAGACUCACAAAUUGGCCAGCGCCAGCCCCGCUACGGUAUCGCGAUUGGGGGUAGUUCAUUUGGGUUCAACGAGUUCCAGCUGUUUGCUGCUUACUUCACGAUUAAAUGCACUUCCGGAGGCGGCGAAGGAACUCGCGAAUUCCCAUCUUUGUUCCUGCGUCGAGGAGUGUUUGAGGAUCAACGCAGACGUUUCCUCAGCGUCUGGCUUAAUGGACUCGGCAUUUUGCCACUUGAAGAACUCUCGUACCAGUAUUUCCGCUUCUUACGCUCUGCUCGCCUCUUUAUGCAGCCAAAUAAGGAACGAAAGCACUAGAGAUGAAUUGGCACGGUUAAUUUACCAGCUCACUGAUUGUUGGUGUCCAAAUCAGCAGAAACCGUGCUCUGUAUUAUAUAAUCAGAAUACGGAUAGAUUGGAAACUGUCGGGGACGCUGACGAAUCUAUGGAUACCGAUGACGGUCCUGUUUCACUAUCGGGUGAUAUGAAAGGAGCGUUGUCGUCUGUUUUGCCAUGGAUCAACAGCGACCAAUCGAUAAUGAUAAGGGGACCCGAGGGUUGUGGAAAAAGCGCCCUGAUAUCCGUCAUACUUUCCUCGAUACGAAACAUCGAGCAAUCGACAUUGAUAAAAUGUUCAUCUCUCUACGGCCCCCAAGAUUUGGUGACCAAACUGAAAAGAAACUGCGUACAAUUAAAUUCAUCUUCUCACGGAAGAACGUAUAAACCCAGAAAUGGAUCUAGAAUUAUAUUAAUUUUGGAAGAUCUGCAUCUUGCGUCCAAAGAUCUGCAGGAAUUGGUUCGUGAAUUGAUCCAAGAAGGAGGAUUUCACGAAGAAGAUUUGGAAUUUGCUAGAGUUUCUCUAACCAUUAUAUGCACAGCUGAUUCAACGACCAGAUUGCAUCCCAGAUUAGAAGCUCUUCUAUCCACUCGUUAUCUUUCGUAUCCAAAUUCGAAAAAUAUCGCAGCCAUUUUAGAAUUACACUUGAGAGACUCUUUGAAAGGGGAUCACGUUAUGAUUGAAUCUUGGAUCACGCGGAUGGUGCCCGUCAUGUUGGACGCUUUUCGUUCGAUCAAGUCUUCUCACGGCACGUCCAUCGAUUGGACUCCUAAAGAUUUGAUCUUAUGGGCGGACAGUUUGAAGUAUUAUCCUUCUCCAGAAGAUGAGUCGAAUAUCACGCGUCAUUUAUUAGAUGCUGGAAGACGAAUGUUCCAUCCUAGGCUAACAUCCAAAGAUCAGUCUCGUUGGGAAUCCAUAAUCCUGUCGAAGUCUGCAAAUUCUAUAGUGACCGGAAGCGAGGUAUAUAUAUGGAAACGAGGGAACAAUGGACUACUGCUUUUAGACCAGGAUCAAUGGCGGAACGAGAUAAUUAACGCUGCAGCGAGAUGCGCAAGGGAAGGUGAUCCGGUGCAUGCAUCGAUUCGUUCCCUGUUGCACACGGUGGCUAGUUUAAGUUGGACCUUUGGAACGAAUCUACGAGGUGUGAUUCUGAUUGGACGGCCCGGCGCUGGAAGAAAAUCGGCAGUGAGACUCGCCGCCACGUUUUCUUCGCUUCGUUUGAUAGACUCGGGACCUGGCCGUGGUCGAAUGUCGAUGAAAAGUGCAGUUCAGGCUGCUGGAAUCGAUGGUGAGCCGACUUUACUUUUGUUGGAGGAACAUCAUAUGAGGGAAGCUGGAUUGGCUGUUUUGGCCAGCGCAAUAGUGUCGAGAGGCGAACUUCCUGGAUUAUUUACAGUGGAGGAGCUCGACGGGUUAAUAGCGCCAUUGGCUGACGUGGCAAAGGAAGAUUUUUCUGGCAUGUUGGAACAAUACCUCUAUUAUCGUCUGCGAAAAUAUCUUCGAGUGGCCAUAAUGGUGGACACAGCAGAGCUUCGUUCACCUUGGUUAUCACGUUCAGGUCUGCACAGACACUGCGUAUCGAUAGGAGCAGGUCUCGGCAGCGAAUGGUGGUGUUGGGAAGGGCCUUACCGAAUAGCCUGUCAGCAGAACGGCCUCGAUAUCGAAGACUCCGAAGAGACGUUGGCCGGUAUCAAGGAAUUGGUCAAGGCUCAUCUUGAAGCGCCAAGGCAGCAACGAGCACCGGCUCGAUUCUUCGCCCUUCUGCACACGUGGAAGCACCUGCACGUGACUUGGAGCGAGGAGGUGGCAAAAAUUAACAGCCUCGAAGCUGGCGUAGGGAAAUUGAAGGAAGCUGGAGAACAAGUGGCUAAACUAGAGGACGAAGUUUCGAAACAGCGUCAGGAGUUGGAGGUAGAACAAGGUCGUGCCAACGCAGCCCUCGAACAAAUCACAGCUACGAUGAGAGGUGCUACGGGACAAAGGGGAGAAAUGGCUAAUUUAAAAGCUGAAACUGAACUAGAAAGUGCGGAACUAGCUCGUAGAAAGGCCGAUAUCGAGGAAGAAUUAGGAAAGGUGGAGCCCUUAGUGGAGCAAGCGGCACAAGCAGUAGCUGGCAUCAGCGCUGACGCAUUAGCGGAAGUUCGUUCUUUGAGAGCACCUCCAGCACCUGUGAGAGAUGUUCUCGAGGGUGUCCUUCGAUUAAUGGGCAUAAAAGACACGUCUUGGAACAGCAUGAAAACUUUUUUGGCGAAACGUGGUAUUAAGGAUGAGAUAAGAACGUGGGACGCGAGAAGAAGCACACCGUCGAGUCUGGAGGCUGUUGCCAAGUUGGUCAAGGAGCGGCCGGAGAGCUUCGAGGAGAAAACCGCGAAACGAGCCUCGGUAGCCGCGGCCCCUUUGGCGGCCUGGGUCCUCGCUAAUCUUCAAUACGGCCAGGUCCUUCAGCAAGUCGCGCCUCUCGAGAGGGAGCAGCGACAAUUGGCCGAACGCUUGUCGGCGGCCGAAGCUCAGAUUGGAAAGCUUGCGGCUGGGCUCAACACCGUAGAAAGUCGCGUGGCACAGCUUCAAGAGCAACUCGCCGAGCACUCGAGGGGUGCGGCUGCUCUUCAGCUACGUGCCGAGACAACAGAGGCGAGACUAGCUACUGCUCGAGCUCUGUUGCAAAAACUGGAUACAGAGCAUCGUAAUUGGCAGGAACAAUUGGAAGAAUUGAACAGCAGGAAACAAAGAUUGGAUGUCGAGGCUGCUAAAGUUGCGUCGUUAUUGGUUUAUGAGGAUACUGGAAAAGACGACAAGUGGAAAAAAUCAGCCAUCGAUCUUCUGAUCACCGAAAGAGAAAGGCUGUUGUGGCGAGCUCAAGGUUUACCAGUCGAUACCGGAAGUCUGGUUGGCGCUUCCUGCGCCCUCAGAGGCCCGCUCGUUCCAAUAUUCGUGGAUCCAUCCGGUGUUGCGGUCUCGUGGUUGAAAAAUAACACCGGCUCGAGAAUCGAGAUCACGAAGCCCGAGGAUGGAAAAUUCUUAACAACGUUAGAGUUGGCUGUACGAUUUGGGAAACCGUUACUGGUCGAGGAAAUAGUUGAAUUUCCAUCGAUCUUAUUACCGUUGCUACGUAGACGUCCUUUGAAACUCGGGGAAAGAACUUUGCCAGCCCCUCAGGGCUUCAAACUUUUCUUGGCCACCAGACGAGACAAAUUGGAUGGCUUCCCUAAAGAAGUAGAUGCAGUUUUGUUUAAAAUCGCUCUUGGAGCCGGUAGCAAGAGCCUGGCGGAAAGAUUCGUCGAGAAGGUUCUGUUGAAGGAGACACCGAAGCUCGCGUCGCAACGGAGGGAGGCGUUGGAACGCGAGGAAAAAUUAUCAGGGGAACGAGACACAGCAAGAUUGGAUCUGUUGGCGCAGCUGGCCACCGCCAGAGGUCAAGACCUCCUUCAGGAGUCUGAAGGAUCCCAGGGAGGGCUUUUGUCGUCUUUGGAAGCCACUCAAUCGAAAGCUAAAGAAAUAGCUCUGGCCCUUGAGGAAAGUCGACGAAGCUUGGAAGACGUUACCAGAAGGGCCAACGAGCAUGAGAGAUUGGCCAAAUUCGCAGCAAACUUGUAUAAAAUUGUGAGAGGCCUAACUGCAUUGAAUCCAUUGUACGUAUUCUCCGCAGAAGCUUUCACUGAUAUUUAUUUGGAGGCGGAGGAUUAUAGAAAAACGAUACUGUCUCAAGAUAAAAAGGAGCAAGAAAAAUUGGUCGAAAAACGAUUAAUACAAUUGUCCCUCCAUUAUUGCUCGAAAGCCGUGUAUAGGGAACAUCGAUUGCCAGUCGCAUUACAAUUGGCGCUUUCAUUAAAUUCCGUGCCAGACGUUGAGAGAAAUUUCUUGUUAGGAGAAAUUCCAUUAAACGACGAUGAAGAUUCCGAUUACAAAGUACCUGAUUGGGUGCCCGAGGAACGUCGCCUAUCGGUUCGAACUUUAGCUUUAGCAUUUCCGCAAAUAGCGGCGAGGAUGACGCCAUCGUGGUUAAAGGACGUCAGUAAUAUCUACGCUGAAAGAAAUUUGACCACGUUCCAAAAGAUUUUAAUUAUCAAGACUCUUCGCCCGGAUUAUUUGCAUACAGCGUUGUCGAAAUUGGCCGCGGAAGUAUUAGGGGUGAAGGAUUUGGCGCCACCACAUUGGUCACUGAGGAAAGUAGCCGAGCACGAGGCCACGUAUCCUGUAUUGCUGCUUCUGUCACCAGGAGCUGAUCCUGGUUCCGAGUUGAGGGCAUUAGCGAAUAAUCGUGUCGCAUCCACCACAGGAUUUGUCGAGGUGUCCCUGGGACAGGGUCAAGUUGUCCAAGCUGAACUUGCGUUGGAGAACGCUUGCCGAAACGGAAACUGGAUCCUCCUCAGCAACCUGCAUCUCGCCCUCAACUGGCUUCCCCGAUUGGAGAGCCUGCUACGAUCAGCCACGUGCACGGCCAACAAGAAUCCCGCAACAAGGAUCUGGUUAACCACCGAAGAAUGCCUGGGAUUCUAUCCGAGUCUGGCUGGUCUUUGCCUGAAGCUCGCCUACGAACCACCCGAGGGUGUGAAGAGGAACGUGAAACGUUCCCUCCAACAGCUCCAUCAAAAGCACGGGAACGCCAUGAACGUGCCUGGCAGCCUUCUGCUGUCCUGGCUGCACGCCACCCUUCAGGAAAGGCGAAAGUUCAUACCCCAGGGUUGGAUCAGAUCGUACGAGUGGAACGAGUCGGAUCUCGAAGCCGCUUACGAGUUGGUAGUGAAGAAGAUGGAGGCGAGGAGGGGAGGCAAGGAUGGAAAUUGGCAGGCGGGCAGAGGAUUGUUGGACGUGGCCAUUUAUGGCGGCCGCCUUCAAGACGAUUGCGACGCGAGGGCGCUGUGCUCGAUCGUUCGAGACGUUUGGUCGUGCGAGGUGUUCGAAGGGCGCAGGGAGUUGGCCGGUGCUCUCAGAGUGGCCGACGACUCGUUCGAGGACGUGGCCAAAGCUUUGGAACACGUUUCGGACAACGACUCGCCCAAAGAGUGCUUCGGAUUGCCCGCGAACGCGCACAGGGCUUGGGAGAGGACCGCGGCUGAGGCGGCAUUGUUGCAUCUAAAAGGUGUUUUAAUCAAAGUGUCUGGUAACGACGACAAGAAUAGCAAGAAAAUGGAAAUGAAAAUUCAAAGGGAUUUGAAAGAAUUGAUCGAUCGCAAUGGUUCGAUAUUUGGGUCAUCGAAAGUGGAACAAGAGAAGAAUAAAAAUCCGUUGAAAAAUUUCUUUAUCGAUGAAAUGAAUUUGACCAGGAAAACAUUGAAUCUUAUUCGUGUUGAUGUCGAAUCAACACGUUUCGAGGAUAACAAGACACCCGAGCAUUGGAUGGAAAACUGGAAGUACGGUCCAAACGAGAUUUUGCCUUUCGUUAAAGGACUGUUGCUUAGGCAUCAAGCCUUGGAGGCGUUCUUGGAGUCCGAAUUUUCACCUGUCGUCGACAUGUCGCGAUUGGCAAGGCCCCGGGCAUUUUUGACUGUUCUUAAACAGCACACUGCACGCGAAACGCGACAGCCCAUGGAGAAUCUCCGUCUUUGCGUGAACUGGUUCGAAAAUGAGAGGAACGACGAUUGGAAGAUAUCGUUGCUCGUCGAGGGACUUUUAAUAUCUGGAGCCGUAAUAGAAGAUGGCACUUUGAAGGAUUUAGACGCGAAUGCAGCUGCCAUUGCAACCGCGCCGACUUGCCAAAUUGCCUUCUUACCCGAAAAUUGCAGCGAGGAUAAAGCGAGGGAUAAAAUAGAUUAUGAUUUAGGAAACGGCGUAAAAGAUAUCGUUAAUAUUCCAGUUUACGCGAAUUCGCAAAGGGAUGCAUUAAUUUGCUCACUUCCGGUUGGGUGUCCCAGAGAGGAACACGAUAAUUGGUUACGUCGAGGUGUUGCUUUUCAUCUAAAAUUGACUUAGUUUCUGAAUUAUCUUAUAUUUAAUGGAUAUAGUAUGAUGGCAUCGUUGAGCAGAGUUAGAAAUUAUGGAAAAUUUACAUUACAGUUGCGUUAUAACUGAACAUUAUUUCUAUAUUACUAUUAUUGUUGUUGUGGUACUGCAUUAAUGUAUAAAGUUGUAUUUAAUUAAUAUACUGGUUUGUACGUGA